AUGUCCUAUUAUUUUAAGAAUUUGAAACCUGGACUUGAAUCAGAGUCGGACGAUGAAGACAAUUUGGGAGCAAUCCUUUCCAGAGGAAAUAAUAACAAGAUAGAUAACGAGUCUAGUGAUGAUGAGUUGAAGACACUGUCUUUCAAUUCUUUGAAGAAGGCAGAUGAACAGAUGAUGGAAGAGGAGGAGAGGGAAUUAGCAAAGAAACCAAAGAGUAGGAAAGUGGUGAAACCGUCUAAAUCUGUGAAACAGAAAGAAUAUAAAGAGGAAUCCUUUGAUGAAGAGGACAGCUCCGAUGUGGAUUCUGAAGAAGACAGUGAAGAAGAUGGUGGCUUUUUUGAAGAAGAAAAUGCAAAUAGCAACAAGAGAAGAAGCAAUAAGAUGGGUUCUAAGAAAAAGAGAAGUAAACAUGCUCCAACGGAACAGUCUUCCAAGAAAAGAGUUUCCAAGAUUAGAAAGAUUCCCGGGUUAGAAACACCAAAGACUCAAAAUUCCAACUUAUAUCAAGAUAUAAGAUUUGAUAAAUCUACAGGUGAAAGCACAGAUCUUUCUGUUAUUAGACGACGUUAUCAAUUUUUGGAUGAAUAUAGAGAAAAGGAAAUUCAAGAAUUGGAGAAGAUGUUACAUGAUCGUAAAUUUGUGCAAAAGAUAACUGAUGAAGAUCGUGAAACCAUGCAGGAAAGAUUAACCAGUAUGAAAUCUAGGUUGCAGACCGUUAAGAAUAAAGAUCUGGAACGUAAUAUUGUCAAAGAAUAUGAGGAUAAGAUCAAUAGUAACAACUCUACCAGAUAUCAUUUGAAGGAAUCUGAGAAACGUAAGGUUAUACAGAAAUGGAAGUUUGAUCAUAUGAAAUCGAAACAACGUGAGAAAGUUAUGGAAAGAAAGAGAAAGAAGAGAUUGGGUAAAGAAUUUAAGCAAUUCGAAUUUCAUAAAAGGUAA